GAUAGCUUAAUUCGGCUGUCCAGAAUAGAGAAGACAAUCAGUACUUCAGAAAAAAAUGCCUCUAGAAUGUUAUCAGAAAAAAAAUCUAAAUGACAUUAAAAGGAUAUUUUUAUAUCAAUAUAAUCUAAUUAUUGUGCCUUUAAAAUAACAUUGCAGACCAGAUGAAAAUAAUUAUGCCAAAUAGAUUUUUAGGCAAUAUAGAAAUGUGAUGUUACUAUUUUCUUCUUAGUUUAAAAAGUAAGCAAAAUAUAAUUAGUGACCUAACCCAGUUGUUCCUGUUUUCUUUAUAUUUCAGAGUUUAUCUAAUAAAUGCAAUAUACAGAAAUAUCUCAUGUCUUGUGUGCCAGUGGGGGAAAAAUGGUUUUAACAAUACACACAUGAGGAGCAUGUUGUCAUAUUGCCCUCACUGAUAAAUUCUGUCAACUUACACAUAAAUAUAAAUGUAGAUCUUGUCUUGUCAGGUUCUGUUUGUGUGGGUGUCAAGUUCAACCUCUCGUGCCUCACUUCUAAUGGCCGCAUCAUAGUCGCCUCUAAUAUUGCCUGAUGGUCCUGAGAAUAAAAACAAACAGAAGCUGCUCUCCAUUCCACUGUCUUCGCGACUUAACGUUGUUUGUCUAUUUUCCCGACAUUUUAGACAAAAUCUGGAUGUAGUUUUAGAUCUAUUAUAAGAUAGGUUUGGCGAAUUCAUGUGGAUUUUUGACAUUCAAAAUCAUACAGUUGAUUAUCAAACGCUAGGUUGAGUCACGAGCACUAAGUGAUCGCGAGGUAUUUUCCCCACACCUUGGGAUCUUUUUAACAUUCCGCGUUUUUAUUUGUAGAGUACGCUAAAACCAUUCGCUAAAACCGUUUUGAAUUGACUGGAAAGGCAUUUAGAAAGUAACAUUUGUUUAAGGGUGGCGCUGCUGAGUCAUGUCUGGAAUUGCUUUGAGUAGAUUGUCACAGGAGCGCAAAGCCUGGAGGAAAGAUCAUCCUUUUGGUUUUGUGGCUGUACCAACCAAGAACCCGGAUGGCACCAUGAAUCUCAUGAAUUGGGAGUGUGCAAUCCCAGGAAAAAAGGGGACUCUUUGGGAGGGAGGUUUGUACAAACUCAGAAUGUUCUUUAAGGAUGAUUACCCGUCUUCACCACCCAAAUGCAAGUUUGAACCUCCAAUCUUCCACCCAAACGUCUAUCCUUCAGGUACAGUGUGUCUGUCCAUACUGGAGGAAGAGAAGGAUUGGAGACCAGCCAUCACCAUCAAACAAAUUUUGUUGGGCAUCCAGGAACUCCUUAAUGAGCCCAACAUUCAGGACCCAGCGCAGGCAGAGGCAUAUACGACAUACUGUCAAAACAGGAUGGACUACGAAAAGCGUGUGAGGGCACAAGCUAAGAGAUUCGCUCCGACAUAGAGCAACAAGUGCACAAUCUGAAAGCCUGUGCCGAACAGAUCCAGUUCCUGAAAAGCUGCCAUUCUGACGCUCCAGAAUCCUUCACCACUCAAUAAAAAACCCCCAAAACUGCAGUUGCGAGUUGAAAUAAAAAUGUAUUCAAGUUGGCUUCAGAACUGAGUGAGGAUGAGUGCAAAACAACCCCCUAAGAUGAAAGCAACCAAGAUUGAAAUGAAUGUUGGCUGCCGAUCUGUGACCAGUGUUUUACAAAGUUAUAGUGAAAAAAAUUGUUUUGUUUUGGUAAAGGAAACAUCUGUUUGCAGAUCAGAUGUUGAAAUUCAACUUUUACACAGAGCAGAGAUGGUAAAGGUGGAGGGUUGCUGUAUAUAUAUAGUAUAAAUAUUGAAAAUUAUUGCCUUUUAUUUACUUUUUUACCGUUUCAUUACGUUAAUUAAAAUGUGUGGCCAUAAUAUAUGUAUAUGUUUUAUUUGAAAUAAAAAGAAAAAUGGUUGCUACAAA